GUACGCAGCUUGCGUCUUGGCUGGUAUUUGAAUAGUUUUAAAACAAUCAUAUAUUUAUAGGCUUCAUCAAAAGAGCAGAAACGAAAAUAAAUGGUGUUCAGCGUACACGGUCCCACCCUAGCCAGUAACGAACAAUCCUUCGCUGGCGCGCGCUUCGUGAAUUCAACUUUCUCUCAGGACGGAAAAAAUUAUGUCGUUCUUUUCUGAGGCAGAACAUAGGUUUUUACCAAUUCCAGAGGAUGGCAGAAUCGAAACGAAAUCAUUUUUGGAUGCUGCAAGUGAAGUAGUUCCAUUUUUCGGUGAGUAUUGGUCACAUGACCUGGCUCUCUCAUUNCAAUUUAUCAUCAUUUUUCUCCAGGAUGUUCUCACAGGAGAGCCUGAUCUCGUAAAAUGUGCCAAGAAGGCCUAUGAGGGUUCACUAAAGAGAUUUCACGGCUGGAUGGUGCAAGGAAUUUUUUCAGUAAGUUCUACUUCCCUGUGAACCUUUGCAGCAUUUGAUAUCCCUAGCUAGCCUCAUAAUAUAGUUGUCCAUAGCAAGACCCAAUUUAUUGCCAGCUUAGUGAGUGGGGCCAUUAACCUUGCCCCAUCACACUCCUUCCUCCCACCUCUCCCUUGUAACAACAACUAUUGAUUAAUUUUGAGCUGCUAUGUAUAUUUGUACUUAACAAAUUCAACAUUUGCUUAGAUACUCUUUAGAUGGAUAUUGCUCACAAUGCCAUAGUUUGUGUCUACCCUGCUCAGUUGAUAGAUCUGGUAUGCACUCCAGAUUGUACUUGUUAUAUGACAACUAGAUGACAGUCUUUGAAGUACUGUAAAUGGCUGCUUGCAAGCCCCUCCCGUAGGCCCAGCUACAGGCACCUGUAAACCAAAAAUACAUCCGGUUAUAAG